AUAGCAGUCGCGUUCGAUUUGACCAACAUCUCGUGUGUGCAGAUUUGCGUUGCGCUCGUAUGAACGCAAGCAAUUAUAGUUGUGAGCCCUGGCGGCGUUGUGUGUUGAUGUUUUCGGCAAUCCCGACCGGUGGCGGUUAUAUGCGAUUAACAACAUUGUCCUAUGCAGGAAGCGAAGAAGUACAAGCUGGUUUUUGUGAGUGAUAUUUGCGGAUGAAAAUGGUUAAAUUUUUGUUAAUUGGCAGCGCUCGAUUUCAUUCAUAAGGCAGCUGGACUAGUCAAGUUCAUAGAUUCUUAGUGAAAUUUACCUUACAAGGCUCACUAUGCGUGUGUGCUGCGAAAGACAUGGGUCGUGGCUGGAAGCAGGUGUCUCUGAAUGUCAGCUGUCCAUGGUCAUUUGUAUUUUUUGCAUAGCGGAAUGCUAAUAGGCCACUGAAUAGGAUAAUUGACCAUCAAUUAUUAUUGAAGAAUGAAGGCAGUAGUAGCUUGGUUAGACACCAUUUUCCAUACAAAGAACUACUGUGGACCGGAUCUAUGAAGCAAGCAGCUGAUACAGAAGACCCUGUUCUAACAAUAGACAACAGUCAUGCUAGAUUUAUUUGCCAUAUUUUCCAAAAGCGGACUCGUCCUUUGGUGUUUCCAGUCAACCGGAGAUGCGUUCGCAUCAGCGGUUAACGCGCUGAUCCGUGAGGUGAUCCUCCAAGGGCGCUCACACAAAGAAGAGUUUCAGCACAACCAGCUGUCACUCCGGUUCCGAAUGGACAACGAGUUUGAUCUCGUGUUCGUGACAGCCUAUCAGAAAAUUCUUCAGCUGUCGUAUGUUGACAAAUUUCUUGAUGAUAUACAACUCGAGUUCCGAGAUAAAUACAGACAGGAUCUCGAGAGCCGUAAUUACUUCGCAAACUAUUCAAUGAGUGGCGAAUUUCCUAAGAUUCUAAGAAGGGCUGAAGAGGCAAGCAAAGAAAAUCGGGUUCCAAAAAUGCGGACCUUCCAAGAAAGCCAUAAGUCGAAAAAAACAAUUGCAGCCCUUAUCGAAAAUAAUAAAACAAAAGACGCACCUAAGGCGUUUCAGGAGGUAGAAUCAAAAAAGGAUACUCGACCAAUUGUAGCAGCAGCUUUGGACGAAGAUUUGGAAGAUGUGACUCGUAACCGUCAGAAGAUGUUUGAACGAAUGAACAAAAAAGGUAGCAAGGGCGGUGCAGAUAAUAAGAAAAGUCCGCCCAUAAACAAAGAGAGUGGAAAAGGCAAGAAAGCCCGUGUUUGGGAUAAUCAGGGUCAUUCGACUGCGGGGCUUGAUUACUCCGAGGCUCCUUCAGCACCGUCUGGAAAUGGUGUUCUUGAGGAGCGCAGUCGCUUCCAGUUUCAAACGUCUUGGGUAGGACAGGCUAAAGGUGACAUUCGCGAUAUAGGUUUCGACGAUUCAUCUGACGAUGAUUGUGACGACGGCGACGCUGCCGGUCAUAAGGCCAUUGUCAAGGGAGGCUUAUUCGGAAUGUUCAAAGGACUCGUUGGACAAAAGGCACUAACUCGAGCGGAGGUUGAUCCCGUGCUAGACAAGUUGCGAGAACAUCUUAUUACCAAGAACGUAGCCGCAGAGGUGGCCACACAAUUGUGCAAGAGUGUUGCCGUUCAGAUGGAAGGCCAAAUAUUGGGCUCAUUUCAGAGAGUGGCAUCGGUCAUUCGUGAGACGCUGUCAGACGCUCUUGUGCAGGUGUUGUCACCUAAACGGCGAAUGGAUCUUCUUCGUGAUGUGCUAGAAUGCCGUCGUGACAAUCGUCCCUACGUGAUCGCUUUCUGUGGUGUCAACGGUGUUGGCAAGUCAACCAAUCUCGCCAAGAUCUGUUUCUGGCUAAUGGAAAAUGACUGUCGAGUGUUAAUCGCUGCGUGUGAUACUUUCCGAGCUGGUGCGGUUGAACAGCUGCGUACACAUGUACGUCAUCUAGACACACUGCACAAGGACAAGGUGCAGCUGUACGAGAGGGGGUACGGCAAAGAUGCUGCUGGAAUAGCCUCUGAGGCGAUUAGCUUCGCAAGGGAGGCGCGUUUUGAUGUCGUUUUGAUCGACACGGCAGGGCGAAUGCAGGAUAACGAACCACUGAUGCGCGCCUUGGCUAAGCUUGUUGUUGUCAACCGUCCCGAUCUUCUACUCUUCGUUGGUGAAGCCCUCGUUGGUAAUGAGGCAGUGGACCAGCUAACUCGUUUCAACAUAGCCCUUGCGGAUCACAGCAAAAUGCAGGGUCAUCCACGUCUCAUAGAUGGCAUCGUGCUGUCCAAGUUUGACACCAUUGACGACAAAGUUGGAGCCGCUGUGUCCAUGAGUUAUAUCACCGGACAACCAAUCGUUUUUGUCGGUACGGGGCAAACCUAUGUUGACCUUAAAGCUCUCAAUCCAAAAGCAGUUGUUAAGGCCCUUAUGAAGUAGACAGGAUAAAGCAAAGCGUGUCGCCAAGAACAGUUGGGUGCUGGAACUAUUUGAGUCUGCGUUUUAGGAGAAAAAGUAUGAAUUUUGGUUUACAAGCCGAGGAUCAUCAUAACGUAAUACGAUGCUGUCAAUCAUCCCCUUUUAAAGUACCUCUCACCGAAAUCAAAAUUAUACUUAAUACAAUCUAUGCAUCAUGAUGCAUAUACAGAGUUGGUAUGUUAUCAAACUAAUAUGAAUAGUUUUAACAGCAUUGAUCCGUUGUUCGAUACUUGAAGUGUAUUUAAGUAAUGUCCUACCAAGUAUCAACACGGUCAGAUGAAUAUUAACAGCCCAAGUUUUCAAUCAUAAUAAACCAUCGGUGUUCAAUUUCUCAGUUGGCCAACAAAGCCACAAAUAAUAUUAGCCAUAAAUAAUGUUACGCACUCAAACUACAUAAGAAUAUGGUACAGUGAAAGCAACAAAACGACGAUGCCACUAAUUGUACUAAUGGCGUCAUACAAACAUUACCCUCAACAAAGCAGGCUGAUUGAAGGGAGCCCGUGCAGCUGUAAGAAUAAAGUCAUGAAUGCAAGCAUUAAACAACAGUUAUAGUAUAAUUGAAACUAGCCUUUUUUCUUAACAAAUAAAACCUUUUUUUAUUCAAGGUCUCCAUAUAAGUUAGCUUCCUCAUUAACCUUUUAUUUUUACAUAUAUACAAAUCGUGAUAGUUGCUAAAAUAAUGGCGUAUCUGUAGUGAGCAAGUCAAGUCGGCCUUCUCCAUUCACUAUAUCAGCUUUAAUGUUUUCUGCAAAAAAAAAACUUCUUCUUUUAUUGUUUGAAUGUGAAAUCUUAUUUGAAACCUCAUUUGCUUGGUUCGUUUACGAUGAACAACUAGCAUGACUACGCUCACCUUUUUUUUGUCUAAGGCACCAAAUCCCCUAGACUGGUGACCGAUGCGGCCUAUGGUCAGCUGUGUUUUGCUUAUGUUGUAUUUUUGAUUGCUAGUUUAUGAUUAUUCGUUUGGAACCAUAACAAUAACUUCGUGUCGGUUGCGGUCAAAUUGGCGUGGCUGCCACCAAAGACAAACAGGUGACUUUAUACUUACGGCUGCACGGGCUCCCUUCAAUCAGUCUGCUCUAUUGAGGAUAAUGUUUCUAUGACGCCAUUGCUAUCACUAGUGGCAUCGUCGUUUCGUUGCUUUCACUGUACCGUGUUCUUAUGCACUUGCGAGUGCAUAACAUAAUUUAUGGUUAAUAUUGUUUGUGGUUUUGUUGGUCUACUAAGAAAUUAAACACCGAUGGUUUAUUAUGAUUGAAGACUUGGGCUCUUAACAUCCAUUUGGUCGUGUUGUGAUCCCUUGGUAGGGUCUUACCUUUCUAAAUGUACUUCAAGGAUCGAAACACGAUCAGUUCUUUUAGGACUAUUAAUAUUAGUUCGACAACAUACCAACUCUGUAUAUGCAUCUUUUCGAUGAUGCAUAUACAGAGUCAAAUCCUAUAAUAGCAAUUACCCUCAGUAGUGCAGGCUGAUUGAAGGGAGCCCGUGCAGCUGUAAAUAUAAAGUCACCUGUCUGUUUUUGGUGGCAGCCACGCCAAUUUGAUCGCAACCGACAUGAAAUCAUAGUUAUGGCGCUAAAAGAAUGAUUAUAAACAAGCAAUCAAAAUUACAACAUACGCAAAACACAGCUGACCAUAGGCCGCAUCUAGAAGAUUUGCUGCCUUGACAAAAAAAGGGGGUGAGAGUAGUCAUGCCAAUUGUUCAUCCUAAACGAACCAAGCAAAUGAAGUUUCAAAUAAGGUUUCACGUUCAAACGAUAAAAAAAAAGUUUCUUUUUGCAGAAAACAUUAAAGCUGAUAUAGUGAGUAGAAGAGGCCGACUUGUCUUGCUCACCACAGAUACGCCAUUACUUUGGCAACUACCAUGAUUAGUAUAUAUGUAAAAAUAAAAGGU